AUGAACUUUUAAGUCUAGACAUCUAUUUUAAAUCGUUGUUUUCGCUCAAAAUUAGGAAAAUUUAAAAUGAGAACACAGAUAUUAAUUAUUAAUGGUUUUAUUUUGGCAAUAAUUAUUCCUUCGAUCAUAUUGACAUAGACUAUAAACUUAUAUUAUGUAAAAUAAAUACUGAGUAAUUCUGAAAAGGAUAUUAUGCUUAAGGAAAUGUUUAAUCAUUUAACAAAUUCAGCUGAUUUUAUAAAUGGAUAAUUGAAUUCUGUAUUUACAAGAAGUAUUAUUUCAUAAAUCAUAAUAGCAUAAAUUACUCUGACUAAUCUUAAUUAAUUAUAUUGGCUUUAAUUGAAAAAUAAUAUUUGGAUCAAUAAACCAAUCUCACGUCUAUGUGAUCGUAAUUCAACAAUAAUGCCUUCUGAACAUUCCUAUUCUAUUCCAUGUUAUUAAUAUUUUGCACUUAAUGAAAAUGAUUUUGAACCAUUUGAAGAUUUAACUGAAUAAACAUUAAGAAAUCAUACCUAUUUAAUAAGUUCAAAUAUUUUAGGUAUGAUGGGUCUUGAUGAUCUAUUUAUUCCAAAUUAAUUUUAUUUCGUAUCUUCAAUAGACCUUUAUGAAUUCAGUUACGUAUACCCUUAAGGAGCAAAAUUAGAAAAUUUUCAUCCUAAAGAAAGAAUAUGGUAUCAACAACAUUUCAAAAAUUUAUAGUAAGAUAACCGUAACAAUACUUAAUUAAGUGAUGUAUAUAAAUAUUUCGGUACAGAACCUACUUAUUCAAUGACUAUGACACAAUCUAUGUUAAAUUUAAAUUGGGAAAUUUAAGGAAUCUUUUGUUCUGAUAUGAUAUUUUAGAAUAAUAUGAUUAGAGUUAAGACUAUUAAUAUUAUGAUAGCUGAUUAAAAAGGAUAAUUACUAUUAACCAAUUAUAAAAAUAAAGAAAUAUCUAAUUCAUCUCAAUUAAAUAACUUUGCAGAUUCAGAAAUUACAGGAUUUAAUUCUGAAGAUUGGAAUUCUCUUAUUAAUUAUUAUAAUAAACAUACUGUUUAAUCUACUUGUCAUUUAAUAACUCAUGAUAUCUUAUGUAGAUAUAAUACAGUUUAUGAAAAGGAUGUAGUAAUAACUAUUAAAAAGCUUAGAAAUAUUAAUUAUUAUCUAAUUCUCUUUUAUGAUAUAUAAAUUGAGAAUGAUAUUGAUGAAUAAAUGAAACAUCUCAAUUAAAUAUUUAAUAGAGAAAUUCAAUAGAUAGCAUUGAUUGCAAUAUUGAUUUCAAUAUUUUUAAUAUUAGUUUCAGUUGUUUUGAUUUAUCUAAUAUUUUAGCCAAUUUAUCAAGUGAUACAUUAAUCCUCUUUAUUUCUUAAGAAAAGACAGUGUUUAAAUAAUAAUAAUAAUACUAGAUCAAUUCAUUUUAAAAAUUAAAUAUAAAAUAAAAUUCUAAAAAAAAAAGUAGAACCUUAGAAUUGUAGUAAAUUAUAUGAAUAAAGUAGGCAAUGCUUUAAUAUAGUUCAAAGUUCAAUUCGAUUCCUUAUUUGAUAGAGUAUUAACGAAGACAAUGACAAUCAAUCCUUAAUGUAAAAUACUUUAAUAAUUUAAAUAUCCUCGAAAUAAUACAAUAAAUAAAAUUAAUAUAGAGAAAAUACUUAAAGAAGAUUUAAUAAAAGAUAAUUAUUAUGAAUAAAAUAAAGAAAAAAAUAAUAUGAAUUUUUUUCUUAAAAAAUCCUUCAGUUUUAAAAUUGAAUCAAAUUGA